CUCCUUCCUGCUUAUCGCUUGCUAAUCGUUGGCGCCUGUCGUCAACUCACAUUCAAAGACACCAGACCAUUGCUCCGGACCCACUAGCACCCGCAUUCCAGUUAACUACACCCAGAUGCUAUGGCCGAAUGCCCAAUCCUAGUAUGGAUGCUCUCCUUGAACAGAGAGUACACUCUUUCUGAAUACGACCAAUGCUACAAACUCGUCGAAGAAUGCAUCAAACACACUUCAUUCCCCUACCAACCACGCAACACCGACAACUUUCGUAAAAUCAUAACCGCCAUGCUCCCCUUGCUCAUGAUGCGCCACCGCAGAAUACCACGCGCAAAGUGGAAAGACAACGCAAACUUCCAGGGGAAGCACUGGAUCGAGCAGUCACCCGAAGACAUCCCUCCAGAAAAAUACCAACAUUCAAUGAUCGGGUACCACCUCGCCAUCUCGAAUUCGUUAUGUGGCAUGGCCAUGACCCAAGGCGAGCGUUCCAAAGUCGUCAACAUCGGCCUCGGAAUCAUCCAAUACGCCGUCGAACCACGCGGGACGUCCUUACCAGCCUACAUCGAAUCCAUGUCUCACAAACUCACAGCACUCGAACUCAAAUCCCUCGAAAACCAACCCGAACAGGUCAUGCUCCGCCGCCUCUGCAUCCUCCUCGCCCUCAAAGACUCCUACAUCCGCGCUCUCGGGCAGCCCGUCGGCUUCGACUACGCCCGCCUCGAAUUCGACGUCGCCAACCAAUCCGCCACCGGCGACGGCAAACCCCUCACCGGCUGGGAAUUCCGCAUCUUCACCGCCAACCUCGGUGUCGCCCGCGGCACCCAACUCGUACACGAACAAUACGAAUGCGUAUGCGCGUUCUUUAGGAAUACGAACGAGAUCAAGUUUAUUUGGCAUCAGACCGCUAGGGAGUUGGAGAGUUGGGUGCAGUUUAUUAAUAUUGAUCAGAUGGUUAAGGUCAUUCCCAAGUUGACGGCUUGA